AUGAAGAGCAAGAGCGCGGAAAAGGAUGCCGAGAUCGCGGCGUUGAAGAAAGAAAAUGCUAAACUACGCCACGCUGAGGUUUGGAAGCUGGUCGAGCAGAACGAACGACAGGGCCAGACCAUCAAGCAGCUGCUCGAUGAGACCAGUGAAUUGAAAGCACAGCUCACAAGUCGCAUACAGCUAGACAAUGCGGAUACGUUCCAUGAGAAUGUGGACGGUCAGAAAGAUUCGCGCACUGCGUCAAAGGCCAGAGCAGGCGCACACGACGAAGUCGGUACCUUACGCGAGCAGAAUAACCUACUCACCGCCGACGUAGCGAUGCUGAGGACCGACCUCGCUACGGCGAACGAGCGUCAUGCUUCGCUUGAGGAGCAAUACAGAUCACUCCAGCACAAGCUUGCCGCAGAUAUGCAAACCAAGCUCGACACAUCCAACGAGCUGGAAAGUAUACGCCGCAACCUUGAGAAGACCGCAGAGUCAAACGAGCACACCCAGGAAUGUCUUAAUCUCGCCCACAAGUACAUUUUCGAGCUGCAGGGUAGCAAUGGGAAGGCCCGGGGAUCUGACUACCCGCAAAAAUUCCUGGAUGCCACCCACAAGAUGAUUCGUAAUCUGCAGCAGGAGCAGCUGAAUGGCACACUGCAGAGCUCUGGCAAAGUCGGGAAUGCCAGUCCCCCGAGAAAAAUCAGGGUGGUCGGUACUAUGCUCGACAACCUGACACAUGGCAUCGCAACUCAGGUUCAGGACCGUAUUGCAACGUCAGAUGCUCACAUGCAAGAAGUGCUGCGCCUCAAGGAUGCACUGGAGGCUAUCAAGUCUGGCAAGCAACCACCGAGGCCGCCACUGGAUCAUGCGCUCAACCUGUCAGUGUCAGACACCACUACGAAAGGAAUUCCCGUGCCCAAGACAGCGGAAGAACAGUUGCUGUCCGAGCUCAUUCACCACCAUGCCUCCUCGAUGGAUGCAAAGGUCAUGCAUCGGUUCAUCUCCGACACAAUAACGCACAUCGAAGGGAAUGCCGAUGGACAACGUCACCGAGCAGUCAGUCCGCGUCGUCAGAUUCAGCUGGCGCAAGCAUUCAAGCGCUACUCCUCUACCGGUAGAUUUGCCGACAAACCACUCCCAGUGCCAGUUCCAUCUGUGCCUGAACCCGGAACAGAUGGCGUUGUCUCUCACGCAGGCAACACGCCAGCAGAGAAGGAAAAAUGGUUUCAGGAUGCCAUUUAUGAGGACUCCAUGUCCGACUCUGCCGAUUCUCUAGAUGAUCUCAUGCGAGACGUGGAGGCAGCAGACCUUGCUUUUGCUGCGGUAAAAGCAAACUUUCAGCAUGCCAUGUACAAAGACCCGACAUCCGACUCAGCUGAUUCUUCCAGUAAAGAUCCUCUGCCAGUUGUCAGGGUGAGAGAUUUCGCAGCGUCGAAAGCAGACUCCGCUUAUGCAAGUGAGAAGGACGUGCCUGUCGAGAACCAGGUCCUUUCAACCCCGAAUCCAAAUUCUGGUAGCGUCAAGCCAGUCACUGCACCCUCCGCACCCUCAAAGUCCGCAAAGCUCACACGCGAAGAGAUCCAGAUCAAGGUGAAGCAGCGGACUGAGGCUGCGAGGCGAAUGGCAUUGAUCGCCAAGCAAGAUAAGGAAGUCGAGCGGCGGAGGAAGCUGCGUUUCCAGAACCUAGCCAAAGUUCACGAACGAAAGAGACCGUCGGGAUGGGAAGAGUCCAUAUCUAUCGAAGUCGAGAAUCAGUUCGCUGAGCAUGCUUCGAAGAAGCAGAAGAAGCAUGCUGGCACGGGUGCGCCAGAGCCCGGGGAGUUGUUACCUCAGCCAGGAGCUGAGAAUGAGCUGCCACAAACAAAAGAGCAGUUGCAGAUCUAUGAGGACAAGUAA